AUGUUCAACGACUUCGGCAUAGAAGCGUUGAAGCAUUUCCUAUUCCUCACACUGGAUGAUGAUGACAAGCAGAGCUCGGCUGUCCCUGACAAGCCACAGCUCCCAGAGGAGAUUGCAGCCGCCCCGUUGUUCUCCGUCCCUGUCAGAUCGAGUCUGGUGAAGCAAUAUGACCAAGCUGAUGGCGACCAACUGGUGUUCCCUCAAUAUGCUCUGCUUGGCCACCGCAAAGAUACUUUGGCAGCCGGACAGGUUUCGUUGGGCUCGUUAGUCUACUCAAACACCGCUGCUCCAUGGUCUGCUUUUAUUUGCGGCAGUCAGGGAAGCGGUAAAAGUCACUCGCUUUCUUGCCUCUUGGAGAACUGCCUCUUGCAAGACUCACCCGUUGGCAAGGUCUCUGCGCCGUUGGCGGGGAUGGUUUUCCACUGCGACAACUUUUCCGCGCACUCAAGCUCCCAAAUUUGCGAGGCGGCAUAUCUGUGCUCCGCUGGCAUCCCCGUGCGUGUGUUGGUGUCCCCUACCAAUUACCUGGCCAUGAAGAAUGCCUACUGCAAUUUACCAGGCCUGGAAAAUGUGGCAAAGAGAAUCAGUGUUGAACCCAUGUACCUUCCACUGAAAGGGCUCAACGUCGCCAUGAUGAAGGCACUGAUGGGACUUAGCGACGAAACCAGCCCACCACUUUACAUGGAGGUGGUGAUGAAAAUCUUGCGACAGAUGGCUUUGGACAAUCAGGGUCGAGAUACCUUUGAUUACAAGCGAUUCCGCAAAAACCUCGACGCCGAGAGCUUCCUGAAAGGCCAAAAUCUUCCUCUCCAGAUGCGUUUGGAUGUCCUGGAGUCCUUCUUCGAACCAGGUGCUGUCAAGCCUGAGAAAGGCCCCCGUAGACCCUCUCGCACUGAUAAAAUGUGGAAUUUUGAGCCGGGUACUCUGACUAUCGUCGACUUGAGCUGCCCCUUCGUUGGUCCCAAUGACGCCUGUGCUCUUUUCAAUAUCUGCACCUCGCUUUUUCUAAAGGAUCGACACAAGACAGGCAGAGUCCUGGCUCUCGAUGAGGCCCACAAGUUCUUGACAGAGACUUCCCCCGAGGCGGUAACUUUGACUAACACCCUGCUUUCCGUUGUGCGACAACAGCGACAUUUGGCGACGCGCGUCCUGAUCGCCACCCAGGAGCCUACAAUCUCGCCCAAACUCCUUGAUUUGUGCAACUUGACCAUGAUUCAUCGUUUCACCUCGCCAGCCUGGUUCAAGUCGAUCAAAGCUCAUAUUGCUGGAGCCUGCAACAAGGCCGAGGGACAUGAUACCACAGAGCGCGAUUUGUUUGGACAGAUCGUUCGACUCAAGACUGGCGAGGCUUUGGUGUUCUGUCCAACUGCAUUGUUGGAGAGUUCGCAAUCUCAACAGACAGAUGGCCAUCAAGGACCAGAGGUCAUUCCACUUGGGGCUGGCUACGCUCAUCUGCGCGUACGAAAGCGUGUCACUGCAGAUGGUGGUCGAAGCAUCAUUACGCAGUAG